CUCUGCUCGGCGCCCCGGCUGCAAGGAUGUCCGCGCAGGAGGGCUACGUCCUGCGGCCCUUCAAGCUCGUCGCGCUCUGCUGCGUCUUCAUCGGCCUGGCGCUGGAUGUGGUGGCCCUCCUGAGUCCUGCCUGGGUCACCUCCGACUACUACUCGCUGUCCUUAUGGGAAGUGUGCAAGCAGGCCACCAACAUGUGGCACUGCCUGUCCACCCUCAAGACAGACUGGCAAGUGGCUACACUGGUGUUAAUUCUGGCAGCAGCUACGAUCGCGCUCCUGUCCUUCCUCAUCUCUCUGAUCUCRUUCUGCUUGGAGACCUACUGGCAGUACCACAGAGUGGUCGCUGUUCUGCUUUGUGCUGCAGUGGUGCUGCAGAUCUGUGCCCUGAUUCUCUAUCCGAUCAAGUUCGUCRACAGCAGCAUGCUGAGGAGCUACCACGAGUUCAACUGGGGCUACGGCCUGGGCUGGGGAUCUGCCAUCUUCAUGCUGGGCGCCGCCAUCCUCUACGGCCUGCGCACGGACACUUAUGAGGGUGCCUUGUACUAAGGUGGGGACGCUGGCCACAUCACAGGACUGUCACUAUAGCAGCCAGGACAUCUGUAACGUGCGACUGGGCUUGCAUAUGAGCUGAGAAUGAAGGUCCCAGGGAAGCCUGGGUGCAAGGUGAGAGCUACUGGGUCUCGUUCUGGUGGCUGCGCUCUGCAGACUGGG